AUGGACGAUGUUGGCGAGCGAAGCCAGUCAGAGCAGCUGCGCACUCCCAUAUUCCGGCUGAUCAACUCGAGUCUCUCCUUCGACACGUCCUCCUCCGCCUCCUCGGCCUCCAACUCCGGCUCCCCCUCGGCGCCCUCCCUCGCCCUCACCCGGAAGGAGGACGGCCACUGGUCGCUCAACCCGUUCUUCGACUGCGGCGCCUCCAGGAGCUGGGUCGUCGCCUACUCCCUGCCCUUCUACGGACGCCACGGCACCGGGUUCAAGGCCAGGCUAAAGGGCGUGGUCCUGGUUACCUUCCCUCUCACACUCGUCGACCUCAACCAGUGUGAGGAGAAGGAGAUGUCCCUCAUACACCACAUCUUCGGCGGGACUCAUAAGUGUGACGUGGCUACAACACAGGUUUGUUAUCUUGCCGUUGUUGUUGUUGUUGUUGUUGUUGUUGUAUUGGUACAUUUAUGA